ACAUCCCGUGUUUUGUUUGGUGACAAUCGUGGUUGCCGGGGUUUCGGCCGCUUGUUGUGCAAUACCGUGAUUAUUGGGCCGAAUUUACUGAUGGGUCAGCAUUCUUGACAGCCCAGCAAUGUUUAAAAACACGUUUCAGAGCGGCUUCCUCUCGGUCCUCUACAGUAUCGGCAGCAAGCCGCUGCAGAUCUGGGACAAGAAGGUUCGCAAUGGUCACAUCAAGCGUAUCACCGACAACGACAUCCAGUCGCUUGUGCUCGAAAUCGUCGGCACAAACGUUAGCACUUGCUACAUCACCUGCCCCGCCGACCCUAGACAAACCCUCGGAAUCAAGCUCCCGUUCCUCGUCAUGAUAAUAAAAAACAUGAAGAAGUAUUUCACCUUUGAAGUUCAGGUGCUGGAUGACAAGAAUGUGCGGCGAAGAUUCCGUGCCAGCAAUUACCAGUCCACGACUAGGGUAAAACCGUUCAUCUGCACGAUGCCCAUGCGCCUGGAUGACGGCUGGAACCAAAUCCAGUUCAAUCUGGCUGACUUCACGCGACGCGCUUAUGGCACCAACUACGUAGAGACGUUACGUGUGCAGAUCCAUGCCAAUUGUCGCAUCCGCCGAGUGUACUUUUCGGACAGACUAUACUCGGAGGACGAGCUGCCAGCCGAGUUCAAACUUUUCUUGCCCAUCCAGAACAAAGCCAAACAGUGACGGGUGCGCAUGGUUAUUGACAAUUUUGCGAAAAACCUCCAAAUAGUGCGUGUGUGACUACUACAUAAAACUAAAUUUACACGGCAAUCGGCAGUUUUUAUGUGGAAAUAAAACAUCAGAUUUUGGUUGCGUAGUA